AUGGUAUUUCUCAGCCAAAGGGAGAUAGGUCAUUCCGUUUCCAAGCUGCCUGGAGAACUCACCCUUCCUUCAAGCAAGUUGUACAAAAUGCAUGGAGUGGUUAAAGCAGCAGUGUUUAGCACGAACUCCUUUAAGGCUCCAGGUCCGAAUGGCUUUCAGACUUAUUUCUUUAAGGAGUAUUGGAAAAUUGUAGGAGUGGAUAUUUGGCAGCUUGUGGAAAGUGCUUUCAGGGGUAAUCUUAUUGAUACAAGAAUCAUGGAGACUCUUAUUGUGCUUAUCCCGAAGGUCAUCACAAAGGUUCUUGUUAAUCGCCUUCGACCUUUCUUGACAGAGAUUAUCGGUCCUCUUCAAAGUGGGUUUAUCCCAGGGAGGGACGCCCCCGACAAUAUAAUCAUUGCUCAAGAGAUUCUACACUACAUGAAACAGACCAAGUCCCGUAAAGGAACUCUUGCUUUUAAAAUAGAGUUGGAAAAAGCUUAUGACAGGAUUGAUUGGCGGUUCCUAGAGCAUACUUUGGGCAAAUUAGACAGUUUUGCUCCUAGAAGAGGCCUUCGACAGGGAGACCCCAUGUCUUCCUACCUUUUCGUUUUAUGUAUGGAGCGCCUAGCUGGGUACAUUGCUAAUCAGGUUGAUUCGGGCCUUUGGGAUCCAGUGGCAGUGACUAGGGGUGGUCAUAGAAUUUCUCAUCUUAUAUUUGCAGACGAUCUUCUUCUUUUUUGUAAAGCGCGAAAAUCUCAGGUAGUAUGUGUUAUGCAUGCCCUCCAAAGCUUCUGUAGAGCAUCGGGGAUGAAGAUUAAUUUGGACAAAUCAAAGGCCCUGUGCUCUAAGAAUGUCAAUAAUAGAAGGAAGGAGCUUUUCACUGGUGUCUCUUCUAUCCGUUUUACCCAAGACUUGGGUAAAUAUCUUGGAGUUAAUCUUCACCAUGCCAGAGUUACUAGAGCCUCUUUUAAUGGUAUUGUGGAUAAGAUCAAAGAUAGGCUGGCUAACUGGAAGGGCAGACUUCUCAAUAGAGCCAGCAGGUUUUAUCUCAUUAAUUCAGUAGCAGCUUCCAUUCCAACUUAUCGAAUACAGGUAUCUUUGUUCCCUUCCUCUGUAUCUGAUAAGAUUACUUCUAUGAUGCGGCUUUUCCUAUGGAAAGGAACGGUUGAUGGAAGGGGUUUAAGUCUGACAAAUUGGAAUACAGUUGUCACCCCAAAGAAAUUUGGUGGGCUUGGCAUUAGAGAUACGGCUUGCACUAAUGUUGCUCUAAUAGGAAAGCUAAUUUGGCAGCUCUUUAACUGUCCGGAGAAGUUUUGGGUCCAACUGAUUUUUCAUAAAUAUCUCAAAAAGUUUGAUACUAGUCUCUUCAUGCCUCCCAGAAAUGCAUCUCAUGUAUGGAGGAGUAUUUGCAAGGCCUUUAAUCUUUUAAGAGAUGAUUUCACAUGGAAUAUUGGUCCUCUUAACCAAUCUUUUUGGUUUGGAAAAUGGAGGAUGGAAGGUCCCUUGGCCAAGGAAAUGCCGUAUGUUCAUAUUUCUGAUUUUGAGUGUAAUAUCAGUGAUUUUUGGGAGGAUGGACAGUGGAAGCUUGAGAGGUGCCAUACUCCCUUACCUGACCUUGUUAAACAGAGUAUUCUUUCGUAUAAUCCAGAUUGUCAAAUGGGUGAAGGGGCUGGUUGGAGGUGGUCAGCAACUCCUUCCAAUAUUUAUUCUUCUAGAAAUGGCUACUUGUGGCUUUGUAAGCGUGUUUUCGGUUGGGAGGAGCAGACCAAUUGGCUUUGGUUAUGCUCUGAUUUGUGCCCUCAGUGUAAUGCUGAAUCUGAAACGAUUUCUCACUGUCUUCUUGAGUGCCCCAAGGCCAAAGCUAUCUGGCAUAGUUUGAAUUUGGAAGUUCACGGUCAACAGUUAGAUUGCUGGUUGCGCAGUGAUAUGAAUUCCAAUGCCUUCCUCUUCUCGGUGACUAUUUGGUGGAUUUGGAGGGAUCUUAACAAUGAUGUUUUUAAUCCAGCUAAUCCAUGGAGAAUGGAUAAGAGAGGGCUAAUUCUAGCAUGGGAAGUUGGUUUUAGAGAGGUCACUUGCGAGACGGAUUGUUUGGAUGCUUUUAUCCUUGUUAAUGAUAGAAACAACCAAGUGCCAAGUUCUGAUAAUGAUUUGGUAACUAAAAUCAAAGAGGUCUUACGCUGGAAUUGGAGAGUAGAAGUCAAUCUAAUUCAAAGAGAUGCCAACCAAGUUGCUGAUGCUUUAGCUAAAUAUGCAGCAUCUAAUUACAUACAGCAAUUGGAAUGGAAUGAGCCUUGGGAAGAUUUAAAAGUGUUGUUGCAACGGGACUACGUCCCUAGUGUUUAG